AUGGAGCUGAAUAAGAGUUGGAUUAACAUAUCGAACAGGCUAGAUCCUCGAUACGAACAAGGAAUUCAGGAGUUCAUUCAGUUUGCCUAUAGACAUAAGUCUCCUGGGGCAAGCAUAUAUUGUCCGUGUAUUAAAUGUGUUAACAGAUAUUUUCAUAAACGAGAUGUUGUGGAGGAACACCUCAUUCUGAAUGGGUUUGACACUAAUUACAUAAUAUGGACGGUUCAUGGAGAGUUAUAUGUGCCUCAUCAUAGUCGAGAAGAAUUUCAAGAUCAGGAAUGUAAUAUUGGAGAUGAUAUGGUGGGAAUGAUACAUGAUGCACAUGGAGUUCCCAUAAACAAUGUUGGAAGUAGUGAAGAAGCUACGAGAUUUUAUGAAUUGUUGGAGAAGGCAGAAACAGAGUUAUGGCCUGGUUGUAAGAACUUUACGACAUUAUCGUUUAUUGUUCGUUUACAACACUUGAAGGUAUUGGGUGGGUUGUCGGAUAAAAUAUUUGAUAUGUUGCUUGAGUUGUUGAAUGAGGCAUUUCCAGAAGGAGUGUCAUUGCCACGAUCAUAUCGAGAGGCUAAGAAAUUGAGUGAGGAUUUAGGUUUUAAGUACUAUAAGUACGAUGCAUGCCCUAACAAUUGUAUGCUCUUUUGGAAAGAUGCAUCAAAGUUGGACAGAUGUACUUUUUGUGGGGAGUCAAGGUACAAAGAAUACGAGGUGCACGUAGACGACGAUAUAACGAAGAUGAAAAAAGUCGCUUCUAAACAAGUACGACACUUUCCUUUGAUCUCGAGACUGCAAAGAUUGUUUAUGUCUAACAAAACAGCAUCGUUAAUGAGGUGGCAUGAAGAAGGUAGAACAAAGGAUGGUAUAAUGAGGCACCCUGCUGAUUCAUUGGCUUGGCAAUCUUUUGAUGAACAACAUCCGAAAUUCGCUGAAGAUAGUCGCAAUGUUAGACUUGGGUUGGCUUCUGAUGGGUUUAAUCCGUUUCGAACAAUGACCAUUAGCUAUAGCAUUUGGCCAGUUGUGUUAAUGCCAUAUAAUCUACCACCUUGGUUGUGUAUGAAACAACCUUACUUCAUCUUGUCUUUAUUGAUUGAUGGACCUCGUGCACCAGGAGACAAUAUUGAUGUGUUUCUGCAACCGUUGAUUCAAGAGUUACAAGAAUUAUGGAGCGAGGGGAUAGAAACUUAUGAUGCUUCUAGAAAAGAAAUGUUUCACAUGCAUGCAGCAUUGUUGUGGACGAUUAAUGAUUUUCCUGCGUAUGCUAAUUUAUCUGGAUGGAGUACUCGAGGAAGAGUUGCUUGUCCUUGUUGCAUGAAAGAGACGGAGUCCAAAUGGUUAAAACAUGGUGGUAAGUUUUGUUAUAUGGGUCACCGUAGAUUCUUGGAGGACAUGAGUCAUCAUUUUCGGUUAGACAAGAAGAAUUUUGAUGGAACCAUUGAGAACCGUGUUGCUCCUCCUCAGUUAUCUGGCCACGAUGUAUUCAAAGAUGUUGAAUUUGUUAAGAAGAUGUAUGGAAAUCGUGAGAAUUCUGGCACUAGUGUUGGGAGAGGAAUGGGUGGUUGGAAAAAACAUAGUAUAUUCUUUGAGCUUCCAUAUUGGCAAGACAAUUUGAUCCGACAUAAUCUUGACGUCAUGCACAUUGAGAAAAAUGUUUGUGACAACAUAAUUUGGACGUUAUUAAAUGUUUCAGGUAAAACAAAGGACAACUUGAAAGCACGUCUUGAUUUGAAAGAACUAGGGAUAAGAAAAAAGUUACAUCCUGAAGAUCGUUUGGGUGGGAAGAAGUAUUUACCUCCUACAUCUUUCACGUUGAAUCGAGAACAAAAACAUGUAUUUUUAAAAGUAUUGAAAAGUAUAAAAUCACCCGAUGGAUUCUCAUCAAACAUAUCACGUCGUGUCCAACUCAAAGAACACACAAUGAGUGGACUUAAGAGCCAUGACAAUCAUGUUUUGAUGCAACAUUUGCUUCCAUUGGCAAUUAGGAGGGUGUUCAAGAGGAAGUAUGUCAGUAAAACUUUGAUUGAAUUAUGCAAUUAUUUUAAACAGUUGUGUUCUAAAAACAUUACAGUAGACGAGUGUAACCAAUUGAGGUCACGCAUUAUAUUGGUGCUCUGUCACCUCGAGAAAAUAUUUCUACCGAGCUUCUUCAAUAUAAUGGAGCAUUUAGUUGUUCACCUGCCUGACGAAGUCCAAAUUGCGGGACCGGUAAUGUUUCGGUGGAUGUAUCCAGUCGAGAGGUAUAUUAAGCCAUGA